UGCAUGAAGCUGUUUGGAAAGAACGCAAUUUCCCGCUGACAGAGAAGUCUGUUCUUCCACCGCUCUUGUUGAUAUCCUUUUGGACGUUUGUCUUACCACGCUUUAACUGCAGUUUUAUGCACUUCAUUGGUAAGAUUAGUUUUAUAAAAAUAACACAGUCCUGUUUUUGGCAAUUCGUAAAAGGCUUCACCCGUUUAAUAUUUGAUAUUUGUCAUAUAAUGCGGGGUCUAUAUUACGCAUUUAUCUAUCCAUACCUAAGUUAUGUUAACAUUGUAUGGGGAAGUAAGUACACAACAAGACUAGCACCAAUAAGAAGGCUACAAAAGAAAAUUAUAAGGAUCAUUACUUUUUCAAAAUUUAAAGAACAUACUGGUCCUCUCUUCAAAGAACUAUCGAUUUUACCUUUACAUGAUAUAAACAAUGAUGCCAUAUUGCUUUGUUUAUGUUUCGAUACUACAAUAACAAUCUACCAUCAUCUUUCAAUGAUUUGUUCUCUCUGAACAAAGACAUUCAUCAAUACAACACAAGUUCAUCCUCUCUUUCCCGCUGCCAGAGAAGUCUGUUCUUCCACCGCUCUUGCUGAUAUCCUUUUGGACGUUUGUCUUACCACGCUUUAACUGCAGUUUUAUGUACUUCAUUGGUAAGAUUAGUUUUAUAAAAAUAACACAGUCCUGUUUUUGGUAAUUCGUAAAAGGCUUCACUUGUUUAAUAUUUGAUAUUUGUCAUAUAAUGCGGGGUCUAUAUUACGCAUUUAUCUAUCCAUACCUAAGUUAUGUUAACAUUGUAUGGGGAAGGAAGUACACAACAGGCUAGCACCAAUAAGAAGGCUAGAAAAGAAUAUUAUCAGGAUCAUGACUUUUUCAAAAUUUAAAGAACAUACUGGUCCUCUCUUCAAACAACUAUCGAUUUUACCUUUACAUGAUAUAAACAAUGAUGCCAUAUUGCUUUGUUUAUGUUUCGAUACUACAAUAACAAUCUACCAUCAUCUUUCAAUGAUUUGUUCUGUCUGAACAAAGACAUUCAUCAAUACAACACAAGUUCAUCCUCUCUUUCCCGCUGCGCGUACGGGCAAUUUUUUGCCAGGGGGGGCGUUAAGCUAUUUGCCCAAAAAAUUCUCCCAAGUUGCCCAAAUUUUUACGAAACAGUAGAAAAGAAACGAGGGCGAUACGAUGCAAUAACGUAGGCCGUACUGGCAUAUAAAGGUCAAUACCUCCCAAUUUUGAGAAUAACUACGUCGCCAUAGACAAACAUUUGGAAAAACUGCUACCAUAGUUUUAUUAGAUAAAGAUGAAAAUUUAUCAUGAGCAGGGUUUUAAUGACAUCGGAAUUGUCAUAGCAACGAAAUGACGCCAUUGUCUAUUUUACUUGCAGCAAUAUUUCUCGGCACUGGGAACUAUUCUUACAAAAUUAUUCACGGGGAACUUUUUUCUCCAAUAGUCGCCUCGAUGUUCGUGAAGUUAAAACGGAAUCAUCAUUAUAGGAGCGUUAUUGGGAUAUUUUGGGAUGAAGGUUUUAUCAUUAUAAAUAUGGGGAAAAAAAUCUUGAUGUUUGGCUGUUAUUUGUAGAAAACGAAGCUCUUUUGACAUGCAAUUUCACCUCAUAGUAGCUUCAAUCGUUUUAAAAACGUGUGUAAAAGAUAUGAUCAUGGAUAUGGCUCCGGCCGAUUGCUAGAGAGAAGGAUUUCAUUAGUAUGUAUCGAGGGGCUCUUGUUAGCGGUUUUGUAAACAUUUCGGUCUACUUUAAUAAAUUACUGCUUGAUAGAUUUUUUUAAAAAAUUAAUAUUCUUCUCGUAAUUCGAGCGGAUUACUAGUCAGCCACUUCUUAAUUUUCAGACCCACUGUUGCUGAGAUGAUUCUAGAAAGAUAUGCGGAAAUUUAUUCUAAUCAAUUCACAACUGGAAAGAGCCCAUUCCAGUCAGUGCAGUGCAGUACAGUGCUCACCAAUAAAAAACUAUAAAAAUGUAAAUCAACAAGUGAUACCCUUCCCUAUAACCAGAAACUCAUCACGCGCUAGGCAACGACUGUGAGUGUCUCGAGAGAAUGUAACUGGAUUAUUACGCUGACUUCAGGAUUUUUUCAGAUUAAAAUAGAAAAUAUUUGUCUCUUUAGAUUAAUAAAAAAAACAUGGAAACGUCUUUAAAAACUGGCUUUGCCCAAAUUUUCUCUUGCUGCCCAAAAAAUCUGGGUCGCCCAAAAUUUGGGGGGGCUGCAGCCCCCCUCGCCCCUCCGGCCCGUACGCCUAUGCAGAGAAGUCUGUUCUUCCACCGCUCUUGCUGAUAUCCUUUUGGACGUUUGUCUUACCACGCUUUAACUGCAGUUUUAUGCACUUCAUUGGUAAGAUUAGUUUUAUAAAAAUAACCCAGUCCUGUUUUGGUAAUUCGUAAAAGGCUUCACUUGUUUAAUAUUUGAUAUUUGUCAUAUAAUGCGGGGUCUAUAUUACGCAUUUAUCUAUCCAUACCUAAGUUAUGGUAACAUUGUAUGGGGAAGUAAGUACACAACAAGACUAUAGCACCAUUAAGAAGGCUACAAAAGAAAAUUAUAAGGAUCAUUACUUUUUCAAAAUUUAAAGGACAUACUGGUCCUCUCUUCAAACAACUAUCGAUUUUACCUUUACACGAUAUAAACAAUGAUGCCAUAUUGCUUUGUUUAUGUUUCGAUACUACAAUAACAAUCUACCAUCAUCUUUCAAUGAUUUCUUUUGUCUGAACAAAGACAUUCAUCAAUACAACACAAGAUCAUGCAUCCUAUAACGUUCACAAAAUCCAAGCAUGAACUAACUACCAAAAACACUCAGUGAAAUACAAAGGAGUUUCAAUAUGGAAUAACUUGACAAAAUCUGUAAAAGAAAUCAAUUAAGACAUUCAAUUUCUUCAGGAAAAACAAAAUUAAAGUCAUUUUCUCCUCAAGCAAGAAAAUUAGAAUUUCACUAUGCAAACUUAUUUACAUGAAUGAUUAAUCUUAGUCUUAAAACACAGCUAUAUCCUUUUUAUAAUCUUAACCCUCGGAUGUACAAGGGGGCUGGGGGGUGGCAUCCCCUAAGGUUUUUCUGAGUUUUCUCCUAGGGGAUAAAACAUCAGCACCUGAUGUUUUCAGUAGCUGUUUAUUCAUCCGUCGUGUGCAUUUUGAGUCAAGUUCAGUGAUGGUCAGAUUCUAUGGUUACGAGAUAUGAUGUCAUAAGUAGGAGGUGGCCAGGGCAUUUUUUCAACAAUAAACGUAAAUCUUGUGGCUAAAAUUAUGUAAAGUGCUUAUUUAUGUCUUAUUUUUCAUCUUAAGCCCUAAAAAUCACCAUUUUUAUAAGUUUUAACCUGAUUUCUAAUUCUUGGUAAAAUCCAAGAUGGCGACCAUUGUUGGUGACAUCACAGGCCCCCAGCAGCGCCACCACCCAUAAAAUAUACCUCAUCUUGUAGAGAAGAUCAAAGACUUUCCACUGAAGGCAGAAUCGUUUAUAAGUACUGUAACAUAUCAAAAACUCUAGGGGGGUCCUUCCACUCCCUCCCCCAAUAUCAAUUUGCAUCUACGUCAAAAGGUUAAAUCCCCCGUUGUACCCUUGUACCCUUGUACCACGGUGGGGGUAUGAAUUUGCAUGUACGUCCGAAGGUUAAAAUUAAAUCACAGUAGUAAACUUGUUCGGGGCUGAUCUCCUUGUAAAGCCCAAAAGGGUUUGCUGAGAGCUCUUGCCCAAGUAUAAUAUUGUCCUGUAUUAUUCUGUAAUAAGUAUGUAAAAUGGCAAAAUGAUAAAAAUGAAAAUGAAAUGAAAUAUGCAGCUCUGUCAAACCCCGCUUUUACGGACACCUGCCUCUAUUAUAAAUAUGGACACCUCAUUAUUACGGACAGUUUGCUUUCUCCCUCUCUCUCUCUUCUUUUUUUUUUUUAAUAAAACCUGCUUAGUAUGAACACGCCAUGAAUAUGGACAAUAGCAUAGUGCGUGAAUGACUUCAGCGUGACUAAUUUGCAAUUUUUGUCUGAGUUUUGCCAUUUUUCUCAUUUUAAUGACAAAAUCCAGACAAAAGUGAGGAACUUGCUAAAUGUUAAUCUCAGUUUGUGUGUCUGAGUUUCUGGUCUAUAAAUAGUAACUGUGCACAGCGCUAUUGCUAUGGCCCCCUUAGCUUAGUGUUCGUUUUAACGGGGUUUUGAAUGUAGGAUUUUAAGACAAUUAUUGAAUUUGGCUUUCGUAUCAUUUGAAGAGUUAUGACCUCGGCAGAUAACACCCCCUGGGGAUCUCUAUAUUUCGAUGUUCAGAUGAUGUGAAAGCUGAAUUCACUAAUUGUUUUGUUAUUCAUUCAAUUCAAAAUAGGCUUAAUUCCUAGUACAAAAACAAGCUAAAACAUGCUUACCUCUAUCGAUGUUAAGUUUGUCUUCGAUAGUGCAUGUUUUUUUUAUCGGCAAGUUUAGGGGAUAAAGGGUUGUUCAGGUCUUCAAAUAUUCUCCAAAUAGCAGAUGUCAUCUGUCGAGUUUUCUUCUUGCUGUUCUUGUCAUGAUUUAAACUAAUAGUUCGCCUAUUUCUUCCUUGUGAAACAAGUGAAAUGUUCUGCCAUUUGGUAGUCACUACCAAAACAACUCAACCUUGUCCCCAGGUAUUCUCGCUUAACGGUUCAGUAAUCUGGCAAUUUUGCUGCACUUUUGAUGUAAUUUUUCACAUAUUGCAAAAUUCUCCCUAAUUUGGUUGACAAUAGCUGGUUAUAAUGAAUUAUGCAUGGCAUUUUAGCUAAUCAGAAAUGGGCAAAUUAUUUUGAAUGAAUAAUAGUGUCACUUAUACAACUCACCUUGGCUUAUGGCCAUUUUCACACUAGCGACAGAUAAUCCAUCCGGUAACCAUAUUUUUUCUGUCUUAGUGGGAAUUAUAGACAUACCCAUUUUAAAAUAAAUUUACAGUGUCAUGGAUUCACAUUAGAAGGAUGAACCAUAGCCUUUAAAGCUCUGGCACUGAAUUGUAUUAAUAUUCUGUGUGAGUUUGAAUAAAAAUUAACUUGACUUGACUUAUUUGACUUACUAGUUACCAAUCCAUUAAAAAGGCAGCCAUCUCUUAUUUGAUGUCAAGAAAAAGGAAACUUGAAAGGUCUAAUUUACUACCUGAGGGGUUAUGAAUCAAGUAGUGUGCUGCUUUAAGACACACCCUUAGAUGGAUUAUACAUAUGAAACGUAUAGUUUGUCUUCAAAAUCCAAAAAGACAGAUAAACAGAUGGAUAAUAUCAGAUGAAUUAUCCGCCCAAAUUGAACAUAGUCCUGUUUUCCCAUCAAGACGGAUUAUCUGUCUAAGAGUGUGUUUGAUUGACCAUAUUCCAGAAUAAGAAUAAAGGGAAUGAACUCUAAAAAUCACUAUUGCUACUAAACCCCUUUAUGAAAUGAAGUAUCGUGAUGUAUAUACAUGUAACUUUUAAGGGGCCCAAGAAAUCACACUACAGGAAACUUGCAACAGAGCUUUUGCAUAUAUUUUUUCUUGAAUACGCUUUUGAAAUCAAAUGCACCCAAAGAGGGAUAAUCCGUCUCUAGUGUGAAGACAGCCAAUACUACUAAAAUUAAAGUUAACAAUUAUCGUAUUAUUAAUUAUGCAACAGAAAAUGACAUCUUUUGAGGAAAGCACCAAAACAACUGUGAAGCUGAAUGUUGGAGGUGUCCAUUUCAAGACUUCUCUCUUAACCCUGACAAAGGACCCAAAUUCGAUGUUGUCAGCCAUGUUUUCUGGUCAGUUUGAAGAGGAUCUAGAUGAAGAUGGCUCGUACUUCAUUGACCGGGACGGAGACCUCUUCAGGUAAACUGCAUGGUUGCUUUGAGUUGAAUAAUUUGAUUGCAAUAUUGAGUGUCUGUGUACUCGAACCCCAGCUCCUGCCCUUCUUUUUCAACUUUGACACGAAACAAUCUUUACAAAAUUCCAUCGAAAUUAAUUUAUAAUUGCCAAUUUCAGAGUGAUUUGUUAGAAAAGAGUGAAGUUGUAGCUUAGCAAAGUUAUAAUAUAAUCAGUUUUAGAGACACAUAAACAUUUCAAUUUGAAAUGAUGUGGCACAAACUCCCCCCCCUCCCCCACCCCCAUCCCCACAAUGCACUUGUGUAGCCAGUAUUUAGUUUUCAAAUUAUAACUCUCAAACUUCACAAGUUGACUUAUUUGCUGCAAUCUUUCUAGCACUGUUAAUGUAGUUUUUACUUACCGAUCUAAAUGUAAUGUCAAAAAUUGAAAAACAACAUGGAAGCCAAUGGAGUGGAAGGCCCGGGCUAAAACUAUAAACAAAGUUCGAAAUUAAGCUUGAAGUAAGACGUCCUACGGAUUGUGGUUGGAAAAUUUGGGAUAAUUUGAACGAUAUACAAAUAAAAAAGAAAUACAGAAGACACCCUAACUCUAAUACCCAUCUGUCAGCUUAGAGGAUUAAUUUGUGUGCUUUUCGAAGAUGUGAGAGAUUGUAAUCUAGUUUUGAGUUGAUGAUGUCCAGCUGCUCAGCUUAAACCAAUAUAGUUUAUUCAAUCAAUCAAUCAAUCAAUCAAAACUCGAUUCCUGACUUGGAGGUGUAGGGAUAGAAAAAACUAAGCAAACAAUUAGACUUGAUUGAAAUUUUAGUUAAUCUUGGGGAAUGCACAAAUAACAUGCAGAUGUAUUUGUAUGUUCUCAGAAAUUUAAUCAGUAGCUAUGAAUAGUCUUGCUCUAGGGCUAUUACAAAUCUGUUUGCCAAUUUUUCUUAGUGACGUUUUGGCCCGAUUAAAAAAUAAUCAAUCGAUCAAUCAAUCAAUCAGUUAUUAAUUAAUCAAAAUAAACGCAACUCCCCUAGCUAGUGUUCUCAACUACUGGUAUAACAGUCAAACUCCUUAAAUCUCAUACAUAUACGAUGAUCCUGAGUCUUUCCUAUUGCCUUAAUUAGUCUGACAUUUUGAUGCGGAUCCUAUUGUUUUGUUACUUUUUGUCUAGUUGUCACUUUUUCUAAAAGUAACCAAAUUGAUUUUUCAGUUUGUCCUCAGUCUAAUGAAUAUGAAAUACCUAUUUGUCAGAGGUUGCACCUUCCCUUUUUUGCUUUUGAGUACAUGUAAGUUGCUUAGCCAGUUUACUGCGACAUCCUAAAGAUGCAGCACCAUUCGUGUUCCUGGUUAAGAGUAAACUACUUCGCAUGGUGGUGCGUGCUUACCUUUGAACUCCCUUAAAUAUUUCAUGGCGCUCUCAGAGUUUACAAUACAAUUUGGUUAGGGAGGAAAAGGUACUACCACAUUUGAUAAAUACCCCUAGUGGCCGUUUUUCAGAAUAAGAAGACGUUGGAGUGGCAGUCCCAAGUUCAUUUACCGUCCAGACCAACACCCAGGGUCCUCUCAAUUGUAAUCAUGAAUGCUGCAUACAUUUUAUCCCUGCAAAUGGCUAGACAUUCUAGUCUGCUCAAAAGACUCUCUCACAGCAGAUUUAUCGGAUCAUGUAUCUUACGGGGGCUGUCGAUCACUGUAUCGGCCGAUAUCUCGGUUAACUGUCGAUCGACAUAUCGGUCGCUAUGUCGGUCGAGAGUCGGUCGAUAUAACAGCCGAGUGGUGUUUGCCUGUCGGUCGAGAUCGGUCGACAGAUCGAACGACAGUCGGUCUUGAUAUCAUCGUUAGUGUGUCGGCAAUGUAUCGGGGAAUCGUCGGUCGAGUAUCGGUAAGGUAUCAGUGGAUAAUCGGCAUCGCCUAGAGUCGGUCGAGAGUCUGCUGCUGUUUGGGAAAAUGAUCCAACACUCAUCCUCCGUAUUAGGUCAUGAGGCCGCAGGCCAAAACUGAUUUAGAUUUGUUCUCUUUCGACCUCUUAAGUUACAAUCGUAAAAUGAUUAAUUUCUCUGUCGGCGCCUUAGUUUUGACGUAUUGAUCUCUUUAUGUCUGGCAACAGGUACAUACUCAACUACCUCCGCAAUGGGGAACUUUUCUGCUGUGAAGAGACUUUGAAUAGGAUAAAACGCCAACUUUUUGCCGAGGCACAGUUCUAUAAUUUGAAGGGACUGAUUGACAAACUGUCCCCUGUGCCAAAAAUAUUCACAGAAUCCUCAAUAAUAACAAGGCGUGACGAAGAGAAUAUCCUGCUAUCCUGGAUUACAGAUUUUCCUGGCGAUACCCAAUGGCGUCUUUUGUACAAAGCAACCAGGGAUGGAUGGAACCCAGAGAAUUUUCAUGAGAAGUGCGAUGGAAAGUGUCCAACUCUUGUUGUCAUCAAGAGUGACGACAAUGUCUUUGGAGGUUACACAGAGAAACCAUGGUUCUCACGUAAGUUGUAAACGACGUAAAUCAGUAACAACCAGAACAACAUAUAAUUAAGCUGCUUAUUUAGGCCAUUUGCCACUGGUCAUUCACGAGAUACAAAACCGCCAUACUGAAGAGCAAGAGACGUCUUGAUUGUACGAUUGUUCUGAUUUUUCCGAUUCUACGAUUCUACGACUGAGAGUGUGCUAUUUUACGAUUCUAACAAAAAUUCCUUAUGAUGAAAACAAAUCUGACCGAUUGUACGAUUGUUCCGAUUCUACUAUUCUACGACUGUAAAGCUACCUGCAAACGGAUGCAAAAUUAUUGGCCAACAACUCUCAACAUUGUUGGAUGUUACAUGCCUUGCGUCCGUUUGCACACCCUGUUGCUUGUUGUUGGCUGUUGUUGCGUGUUAUUGCGCUGAACUGAAUAAUGGAUCACAACUCCCAUUCUACUAUUCUCCGAUUUAGCACUUAUAGCACCCUUCUAAAUUUUGAAUAAUGUGAACUCUUUGUUUCUCUACGUCCCUUGCUCCAGCAUGGCGGUUUUGCACCCCUUUAAUGACUGGCUGCAAAGGGCCUAUACAUUGUAACCAAUGCUACGGAGUCUGUGUUCUAAUAUCGCCUAUGAUCUGUCAGAGCACCACUGCUGACUUCACAUGCAAAAAAGAAAAAAAGAACAUAUCUUUUUUAUUCGUCAAACAUAUCGCGAAGUAUCUAGAUUAAGCCGAAACUCCCCUAGCCGGCAUAUUUUUAGAGGUUACUCAAGAGAAAUGUGAGUUAAAUUUUGAUCAGCGAUCAACCGAAACGCUAUUUUGGUAUAUAUUUCAUAGAGAUAUCUUUCUGGUCAAAAACUUUGAAUGAAGUUGCACUUAGACAGGUGGCGAGAAAACGGGUUGGUUUUCAAGUUCGCAAGAACGAAAAUACACCAAAAUUUCCUAGCAUCAAAAAUGUGAUAUUAAGCAGCAUUCUGACGCUACUUAAGAAUAAUUUGAGUCAUUCAUAACGUUUUUAUUAAAUAAUCUACCACGGCUAUUAAAAAUUUAAGCCACUUUUAAGGCGAUUGAAAAAUAUCGGUAUGGCCUCUUAAAAAUUGCAUCGAAACACCUUAAACUAUAUAUUCUGAAAUAAUUGAUCUUGAGCGUGUGUGCCCUUUUCAUUCGUUCCUUAAAUUUCAGCUUCCAAGGGCAGUGUUUGGAUUUCAUGUCCGUCGUCUUUUCUGUUCAGUUUACACAAUCCAAAUGGGUUUGCUCCAAAGAAGAUAUAUCCAAAUGCUUGUAAUCACGAAGAUUUCGUUCUCGGGGGAAUAAGGUGUUGCUCUUUCACUGGACCAAUGUUUGGAUCUCGACAAAGAACCGACAUUACAACACUGCGGUCAGAAAGAAAUCCUAGAUUUGGCAGCACGUCUUUGGGAUUUGGCUUCGGAGCCUCACUUGGCAAUGAAAAUCUACUUGUCGGGGGAAGCGAAUUUUUAACAACUGAUAUGGAAAUCUUUGGUCUCUCUCAGUGA